AAGAGGAUUGGAGCCUCACUCGAGCGCUCCUUCCCUUCUCCUCUCUCUGUGACAGCCUCUUGGAAAGACGGACACUGGAGGGGUGUGUUUGCAAUUUAAAUCAUUGGAUUUUUGCCCACCCUCUUUCCAAAUAAGAAGGCAGGAGCUGCUUGCUGAUGUGUAAAGGGUCUUCUGAGCUGCAGUGGCAAUUAGACCAGAAGAUCCUCGCUCCUGUCUCUAAAGAGGGGAAAGGGCAAGAAUGGUGGAGGCUUUCUGUGCUACCUGGAAGCUGACCGACAGCCAGAACUUUGAUGAGUACAUGAAGGCUCUAGGCGUGGGCUUUGCCACUAGGCAGGUGGGAAAUGUGACCAAACCAACGGUAAUUAUCAGUCAAGAAGGAGACAAAGUGGUCAUCAGGACUCUCAGCACAUUCAAGAACACGGAGAUUAGUUUCCACCUGGGAGAAGAGUUUGAUGAAACCACUGCAGAUGAUAGAAACUGCAAGUCUGUUGUUAGCCUGGAUGGAGACAAACUUGUUCACAUACAGAAAUGGGAUGGCAAAGAAACAAAUUUUGUAAGAGAAAUUAAGGAUGGCAAAAUGGUUAUGGUAAGUAAUGACAAUUCUCCAUUCUUCCUUGUUUUUUUCUCCUCUCCGCACACCUCUCACCUCCUUCCUUCUUCUUCCCUCCCCCUUCCAUUCUUCCUCCUUCCUUCCUUCUUUAAUAAUACAUCACUGGCAAGGUUCUUUAACUAUAUGUAAAACAGGGGAAACAAAAAGGUCCUAGUUAAUUUUCUUCUUCAGCUCAACUUCUUUGAUUGUAGAAAAAGAGAAAAAUUCAUGUGUAGUUAAAAAAAUAAAAGUUGCCAUUGAUUUGCCUAAAACUGUGUCAAAAGAUUUUUUGUAGGAUAACUAUGGAUGUCUCUCAAAUAAAAUUUAAUAUAAAGCCCAUAAUCACUGAAAUAUAUAAAGAUAAUUGCUAUUAUAAGAGAAUCUCAGACAGAUGACUUUAUAGCUCCUGUAAUAAGAGAUCUUUAAACAGUUUAUAUUUUAAUUUAUAAAGUUACACAAGUUCAGGGCAGAUAAUUUGGAAUAUAACAGAAAAGUAUAACAAAAAAAUUAAAAUCCCCUCUGAUUUCUCAUCAGUGAUAACCUUUUUUUUUUUUUUUUGAGAUAAAGUCUUGCUGUGUCACCCAGACUGGAGUGUAGGGGUGCACUCUUGGCUCACUGCAACCUCUGCUUCAUGGGCUCAAGCGAUUCUACAAUCUCAGCCUCCUGACUAGCUGGGACCACAGGUGCAAGCCACCAACGCCGGGCUAAUUUUUUUGUAUUUUUGUAGAGACAGGGUUUCGCCAUGUUGCCCAGGCUGGCCUACAGCUCUUGAGCUCAAAGUGAUGCUCCUGCCUCCUGCCUCAGCCUCCCAGAGUGCUGGGAUUACAGGCCUGAGCCAAGGCUCCCAGCCCCCAAAGAGAACCAUUUUGAUGUUACUUCUUUCCAGUUUUUAUCUCGAAUGCAUAAUAUGCCUUUUAAACAUAUAUAUUCAAUACUAGGUAGACAUGAAAAAUAUUUUUUUCAAUCAGCCUCUUCUUAUUUACUAGGAAUUAUCUGUAAAAGAGGAUUUAUUAGUGUCCUAAGGCUGCCACAACAAAGUACCACAAACUUUGUGGCUUAAAACAACAGAAAUGAAUUUUCUCAGUUCUGAAAGCUAGACGCCUGAGAUCAAGGCGACCCUAGUGCCACCGUCCUUCUGCGGGCCCCCUCCCUUGCUUCUUCCUACUUCCCGGAUGGCUCCUGGCAAUCAUUGAGGUUGUUGGGCUUACAGUUGUUAUCACUCUGAUCCAUUUCUGACUCCAUCUUUACAAGACUUUUUCCCCUGUUUUUGUCCUAAAUUGAUCAAAUAUAAAAUAAUUAACAAAUAAUUUAUCUAAUGAUGGAGUAGUAUCACAAACUAGGAGAAAUAUUAUGCCUUCACCAAGCCUUCCUCAGACACUUUUUGUGUGACCUGCAAUGGUAUAUUGAUGAUACUGACAUAGGUGGGUAGGCUCAUUCAAUUUUGGAGGAGGGUGUGAGAAUGCUUUACAUAGUCCUUGUACGAUGACAGCAGAGAAAGUUUUGUUGUUUAAGAAUGGGGACUCAUGUUUCCUUCUCCCCUUGACUACUGCAAUCAGCACUGUUCUGCAUUGAGAUAUUCAUGUUUCUGUGGAGAUGGAGGUGGGGAGGAGAGGGACGGUUUUCCUUUCGUGUUAAAGGAUAUUUGCUCACAUUUUUUUUGGCAACAAUCAAUAAAAGAAAGGACUCAUUUCUAAAAGAUUAGCUCUGAAGUUCUCCUUUAUGCUUUUACCUCCAUUUUUUUCCAGAACACAGAAAAGUAGAUAGCUCAACUGUGGCAUGCAUGACUAUGAUCAGGCAAGACUGAGUUCAAAAAGGAAGACUAAAGCAAUAGACUACAAGGAUAUAGUAUACUCCUGAACAUCACAUCAAUACAUGAAAACCAUGAGCACCAAAACCCCCUAAGUUCUGUAAAGUGGUUUUAUAAUAACUCUUCAAGUUAGAUUUGACAUUAGAGUAAUAGAGCUGAUGUUCCGCAUCCUAUCCACCUACCUACCUGGGUUCACAUAGGCUAAACCAUGACAACCAAAACAAGGAGAAUAUUUGUACCUUUACAUGUUCCUCUUGAUUUUGGAACAAGUCAUUCCAAAUGCCAUCAGCUCAAAUGAUUGGAUUUUCUAAUGGCUAUUCAAAAUUUAUCUAGGUUAAGAAUUGAAAACUGUUAUGUAAAUCUAUUAUAAAACUCAUUCACUUUUAAAGCAGAUAGCAGAGAAAACAACGUAGACACUCCAUUUCUCACACCUGAUCUGCUCAAUUACCCUGAUAAUUUAAGGCUAAAGAAAUUCUUUUGACUUGAAUCUAAAGUGCCAAUCCCAGUUUUUGCUUCAUUCUCAUUUCAGAGACACAAACUGUAUAUUAAUAUAGGGUCUCUUUUCAAGAUGUGAAAUGCUUAUGCAGCAUUUAAUGUUUGUAAAUGUCAUUCUUUUGCAUAAUACUUAGAUCACAUAUAUGAUGAUCUUUAAAAUU